AUGGUUUUCGAUGGUAUUUACAAGCAUUUCAAUAAUGCAGAUCAGUCAAACACAGUUUAUAAUAAAGGUGAUGAAAAAACACAAAGUGGAUUGAGAAAACAUAGUUUAGGUAAUAACAGUGAAAACUUUGGAGGUACAGCUGGUGGUGAAACAAAAUCCAAAUUUGAUAAAGAUGAUUUGAAUGAAGAUAAGAUCAAAGAACAAGCUGGUAAAGUAUUUGAGAAAUAUGAAAAAUGA